UUUUAUCUUAAUGGCAUGCACAAGCCUGGUGAUGUGGUUUUGGGUGGGCUGUUUGAGGUCCACUACACCUCAGUCUUCCCUAAACUGUCGUUCACCUCGGAGCCAAAUCAGCUCAGCUGCCAAGGCUUUGACACUGCAGGGUUCAGGCAUGCCAUGACCAUGGCCUUUGCCAUUGACGAGAUCAAUACAAAAAACAAUCUGCUACCUAAUGUGACUCUGGGAUACAGUCUUUAUGACAACUGUGCUACACUUGUAAUUGGAUUCAGUGCUGCAUUGUUGCUGGCCAGUGGUCAAGAGGAGCAGUUUCUGCUUCAGAAGGAAUGUUUGGGGACCACCCCAGUGUUGGGGAUUGUUGGUGAUUCCUUCUCAACAUUUUCUAUCGCCACUGCUGAUGUGUUGGGUUUAUUCAAUCUACCCAUUGUGAGUUACUAUGCCACAUGCUCCUGCCUGAGUGAUAGGCAGAGGUAUCCAUCCUUCUUCAGAACAAUCCCAAGUGAUGCUUUCCAGGUGCGUGCUAUGAUUGAGAUUCUUAAACGCUUUGGCUGGACUUGGGCUGGUCUGCUGGUCAGUGAUGAUGACUAUGGACUCCAUGUUUCACAAACUUUUCAAUCAGACUUGGCUCAGUCUGGUGGAGGUUGUCUAGCUUACUCAGAGAUUUUACCCUGGGGUGAAAAUCCUGCUGAACUAAAGAGGAUUGUGGAAAUAAUGAAGAGAUCAACAGCUCGUGUGGUCAUUGUGUUUGCGCAUCAGAUCCACAUGAUUCAACUCAUGGAAGAGGUCAUGCAGUUUUGGGAAUACACAUUUGAUUGUAGAUUUGCACCACCUCCAGCAGGUUGGGUGGAAGCUGGGGGAGAAAUAUGCACUGGACAGGAAGAUCUAGAGAGUGUGGGAACUGAGUUGUUGGAUGUUUCUGAUCUCAGGCCUGAGUACAAUAUUUACAAGGCGGUGUAUGCUCUGGCACAUGCCCUUGAUGACAUGCUGCAGUGCGAGCCAGGAAGAGGGCCUUUCAGCGGACACAGCUGUGCCACUUUGCAAAUACUGGAGCCAUGGCAGCUGCUGCAUUACUUGCAAAAGGUUAACUUCACCACAUCAUUUGGUGAUGAAGUUUCCUUUGAUGAAAAUGGUGAUGCCUUACCAAUAUAUGAUGUCAUGAACUGGCUGUUGCUCCCUGAUGGAAGAACUAAAGUUCAGACUGUGGGGCUUGUUAAGCAGUUGGGCUCCAAAGGUGAAGAACUCACACUUGAUGAAGAGAAAAUCUUCUGGAACUUUGACAACAAACAGUCACCCCUGUCAGUGUGCAGUGAGAGCUGCCCCCCAGGUACCCGCAUGGCCAGAAGAAAGGGACAGCCUGUUUGCUGUUUCGACUGUGUACCAUGCUCUGAGGGAAAGUUCAGCAAUGACACAGACUCCAUGGAGUGCACCAGUUGUCCAGAGGACUUCUGGUCCAAUGUCCAGCGUGACCACUGCAUUCCUAAGAAAACAGAGUUUCUCUCCUACCAUGAGCCUCUGGGUAUCUGCCUGACAACAACAUCAUUGUUGGGAACAUUUAUCUGUGCUGUUGUCCUGGGAAUUUUCACCUAUCAUCGCAGUACACCCAUGGUACGCGCUAACAAUUCAGAACUAAGUUUCUUGCUCUUGCUGUCACUUAAAUCCUGUUUUCUGUGUUCACUGCUGUUUAUCGGCCGUCCCAGUCUGUGGACAUGCCAACUGAGACAUGCAGCAUUUGGGAUCAGCUUUGUGCUUUGUGUCUCAUGUAUUCUGGUAAAAACCAUAGUGGUUCUGGCUGUGUUCAAUGCCUCCAAGCCAGGAGGAGGAACCAGUCUGAAGUGGUUUGGUGCUGUGCAGCAAAGAGGAACAGUUCUGGUUCUGACUUCUAUUCAGGCAGCAAUCUGCACUGCUUGGAUUGUUUCUGCCUCACCAGCUCCCUAUAAAAACACUCAAUACCACAACGACAAGAUAGUUUAUGAGUGUGUUGUUGGGUCCACUGUUGGUUUUGCAGUGUUACUAGGCUAUGUUGGUUUACUGGCUAUCCUCAGCUUCCUGUUAGCAUUUCUAGCAAGGAAUCUUCCAGACAACUUCAAUGAGGCCAAACUCAUCACAUUCAGCAUGCUGAUCUUCUGUGCUGUGUGGGUGGCAUUUGUCCCUGCUUAUGUCAACUCUCCAGGAAAAUAUGCAGAUGCUGUGGAAGUAUUUGCCAUUCUGGCCUCCAGUUUUGGUCUCUUGUUGUCAUUGUUUGGUCCCAAAUGUUACAUAAUCCUGCUGAGACCAGAGAGGAACACAAAGAAAGCCAUAAUGGGCCGCACCAAGACAUAA